AUGGGUCAUCGUAAGAUUGAAAUUGCGAUAGUGAAGGAUCCUAACAUGAGGCAAGUCACGUUUUCUAAGCGUCGAACGGGACCAUUCAAAAAGGCUAAUGAACUAUCCAUCUUGUGUGACGUAGAAAUUGCUAUUGUUGUGUUCUCCAUUGGAAAUAAGCCUUACUCUUUUGGGCACCCAUGUGUUGAUGUUGUUGCGACCAAGUUUCUUCAACUUCAACAAGCGGCUAAUUCAAGCAAUGCCAAACAAAUUGAUGCCCAAGGCCGAAACAACCCAUCUAAUGAACUUGGUGGCAUGGAUAGGCUGAAUCAAUAA